AGCAAUUACUAGCUGCCAUUCUGAUUGUGCUGGGCCUUUUUGCCAUACUAGAAUAUGGCGUCAGACUCAUCACCUUGGUAAGCAAACUGAGUCACGGUCCCCUGAUGUGUAUCCUUGUAAUGGGUGCACUGCAGAAGCACCAAAGGCAUCUGCAUAGCUUUUUGGUUUCCUUCUUUUUGGAGUACAACUACUGGGGCUAAUUUUGUCCACUGAGACCCAGCGGACCCACAGAGGCAGGGCCAGUGUGACCGGUUGGCUGCGGGGGGUAUUUGCCAAAGCCCACAGUCCAGCAGGGAGCUCACAGUCACCUCUGAAAGCUCCCUCUUCCUCACUGUGGCCACUGGUCCACAUUUCUCUCCAAGCAAGGAAGCAAUGACUAGAAUAAGAGCAAAGUCCCUGCUUGCCCUGUGCUGUCUCACUGGAAAGCAGUGCGGAUUGGCCUCAGAUGACAUGCGGAUCAGCAGCAGUAACAGUGCUAAGGAAGAAGGGGGGCCCUCCUUGGGGGCAUCUUACCAAGGUUUCAGCACCCCCGGAGCCACCUCCGAACCCAGAGCAUUCAUUUGCGUGCGCGCAUGUGUGUGUAUACACAUAUUCACAGAUGCCUGGGUAUGCUGUGUUCUUGAGGCAGUCUUGAUUAUGCAAUAAAUACAAAGCACAUGACUGGGUCUUUUUCUUGUAGAGUGACGCUUGCUUUCCUUUCCAGAUAAGAAAUUGGGAAGCAACGUGGCUCCUUCCAAUGCCAUUGAUGCAACCUCAGACAACCAAAAUCAGAUAGGAUGGGAGAUAAACAUUUCACAUGUCACUGCUCUGGAGUGACGGGUGGGCAGAGGAGGGACACUGGUGUGAGAAGGAGCCCUACUGGCAGCCCCUCCAGUUUGGCCUUGGCUUCCAACACCACUUGAUGGUGCCAUAGUAAAGCAUCCCACAACCUCAGCAUACCAUUAGAAGAGGUCCUAAUUAAUUGAGUCAAUCAAAUUGCUGCUGGUCAGUACAAUGAUUUUCUUGUUUUUCUCUUCAGCUCUGGAUGAACUCUGCUCCACUCCUGAAGAAAAUAUAUGAUUCUUUUUUCAAGAAAGGUAAAUUGUAAAUGAGUAUAAGAGCUGUGUAGUGAGGAUUAAUCCCCUUUCCUUUCAUCUAUAGCUCCUUAGGAUAAAAUGGUUCUUCUUAGUUCUUCAUACCCAUUUUUUUUUUCAAAUGGUUGCUUGCUGUGUCUUCCACCAGUAAGUAAGAGUGGUGUAGUGGAGCCAGGACUCACACGGACACAGUGCCACCUCUUUUUUCCUAGCAGGGAAGUUGGCAGCUCCUGCCACCCCUCCUCAGAAUUCCUUUUCCCUCUGAACUUAGCUGCAGUUGGUUCAGUAACCGGGGGAAAUGAACUUUCUCCGCAACAACAUAUUCUGCCAUGUAAUGCACAGUAUUUGGGAGUGGCUUGUCUUAGAUGGGGAAUCAAGACACAUUAACUUCCUCAAAGACCUCCUCCUGGUGGAGAGGAAAACUGACAGAAGUGGCUUGUUGAUAUGGAUCAAUAUGGCUGCCUGCACUUUUGGAGUCUGCUUGGGGAUGUAGCUACGAAGAGUGCCUACACUUCAAAAUUGACUGCUACAUCAUUGUCAAAAAGUCCAUGUCUGGAACUCACCAGUGCAGGAGACAUGAGUAACAGGGACAGCUCUGUCGACUGUGGCAGAUUGCUCAAAACCAUAAAGGUCCUCUCUAGCAACAAGCAAUUAUGGAAAGAUUCGGUGCUGCUCAGAAGCCGUAAGAGAGUCUCCAACCUGCGCUUCCGCUGCAUCGUGGAUCCCGUGAAGGUGACGGUGAAAAUGGGCAACCCACAAGAGUCCAAGGACUGCUGCUCCCAAGCCGGCCGGAAGAGUAAGGCCUACUACUAUGGGGAGUGCUCAAGCCGUCACGACACAGACGACAAGAAGGCCAGCUGGUACAGGGGCCAGCAAGAGCGCCAGAGCAGUCAGUGCAGCUCCCACCUCUCAGGCACGGAAACGCCCCAGCCGGCAUGUCCCGCGGGAUCGGUCGCCUCCUGGGUGCGCUUCAGCUUCAGGGCUCCCGAUCAGGCCGCCGAGGUGGGAACCAGCACCGCCCACUAUGGUGUCCAUGCACGGAACCACCAAAGGCCCACUGGGGAUAAACAGCACAGCUCAGAGGCUGCGGCAGAAGGGAGCCAGGGACAGAGGUUCCUGCAGCAUCCUGUUGGCCUGAACACAGAAGAGCUUGGCCCCCGCCCCUCCGAGCAGCCCCACGGCCACCUGAACCAUCAGGCCAGCGAGACCCAUUUCAUCCCCAGCCCGAUCCUGUCAGGCCCCAGGCGGGUGGUGUAUUCUGCCAUGGCUUCAGAUACCGCCUCCAGAACACACCUCAAUGGCGAAGAUUAUGCCUACCCACAUUCCCCGAGAGGCCCCCAGCAUCGGCUUGGCCUAGAGUGGCACCCGCACCUGCCGGCAGCACAGCAAGCGGAAGUGUAUGUCUACCUGGUCAGCCCGCUGCUCCCCAGCCCAGAACACAACCCCGAGCAGCUCGACCAUCCCUUCUCAGCCCCUCAGACCCUCUCUGGGAAAGACGCGCUCACCAACCGGAUGUCGCUCAGCCGGAACAGGGGAAGUACAAGUCCGGGGCCAGCAGCCCAGGGGAGCAGUGACACCCAUAAGCAACGCAAGAGCAUCUGGGAGAGGAAGCACCAGAAAAGGUCUCUGCAGACAACUGCAGACUACGAGAAACUGGCAGGAAGCAGCGGUGGCGGAGCUGGUGUGGCCCAUCCUGAACUGCUCUCCCACAAUCCCUCUGCCUUGGCAGACAGGGCGAGGGGAGGGUUUGACAUCAUAUCACCCAAUAUGGCCAGCUGAAGACACCUUUCGGGAAGGGCAGACUGCCCAGCUGAGCUUCAUACCCUGAAUCAGCAGAUGGAGUCCUUCAGAAAGGGAAGAACCGCCUCGUCUGCUUUUCACUGGGCAUGCUUGGGCCAAUUAAAAUAAAAGCAAGGCACAAAAAAUUUUGUGCAGAAAUUCUAAAGGA